UGCAGGGCUCAAACCCACAAGCACGAGAUCAUGACUUGAGCCGAAGUUGGACGCUCAACCAACUGAGCCACCCAGGCACCCCACUUCUAAACUGCAUCUUAAAGGUGGCUGGAAAUAGAGCAUGCUUCAUUUAUUCAGGGAAUGUUUACUGAGCACCUUCUAUGAGCCAGGCACAGUUGUAGGCACCAUAGACACUGCAGUGAACUGGACAAAGUCCCUGUUCUCUUUGCAGCAGAGAAACCUACAAUAAGCAUAUGACAAAUAAUUAUAUAUUAGGUAGUGAUGCCUAUUAAUACCACAAAAGAAAGCUUUAAUAAGGGGAACAGAGAGUGAUAACGGUUACUAUUUUAGAUAGGAUAGUCAGAGAAGGCCUCUAAUGAGAUGACAUUUGAGCAGAAUCCUGAAUGAAUGAGACCAAAAAGCAAAGGGAAGCCAUUUCAGACAGAAGGGCCAGCAUGAAUAAAGGUAUAAUAGUCGUGAAAAGUGUAACAUCUUUAGUGCAAAGGGAGAUAUUCUCACUGAGCAAGAUGGAAUGCAAGCAGGGAGAGUGUGGUAGAUGAGGCUGGGAAAGAAGGAAGAGAGGGAGGGAGGAAGAAAUGGGAAAGGCCAAGAACAGUUUCUGGGUCUAAGCUUGGGUGACUGAGUGGGUGAUAAAGCCAUUAACCAACUCGGGGACCCCUGGAGGAGAGGCAGUUUUAGGAAUGCAAAUAAUGAAUUUGAUUUGGGGCAGUGGGAGAUACAGAAUUGGAUAUUAGGAGUCAGGGCUAAAAUACAAAUUUGGCUCUUACCAGCAUGUCAUGGAAAUUUAAAAAGAAGGAGCAAGAAGAGUAGUCAGCCUUGUCAGAUACUGCAGAGAAUUUUAAUAGGAUGAGAAUUUUUAAAAGGCCAUCAGAUUUGACAUUUGGAAGGUUGGCAAUAACUUCAAGAAGGCCAAUUUCAGUAGAUGUCGAUAGGGCAAAGCCACAUCAUGGUUCAGUUAGAAAGUGAAAGGGUAAGAGGCUGGGAUUGUCCAGCCAAGGUGACUGUCUUCUCCCUUCCCAAAACUCUUCCUUGGAAGCUUUGAACCUGAGGUCAGAUCUUCUCCUACUCCUUCCUUAACUUUCUUCACAUAAAGCCUAGUACUGGAUGCUUGAGAUGGGGACAUGAUGGAGGGACAAAUAUUCUCAGAUCCUUGGGUCUCUGAUGGGAAAGGGGCCAGGGACAGGGGAGCCUGAUGUUGGUGAAGCAGGUAUUAAAGGGAGCAUCUUCAGUGGGGAACAGCAGGUCAGGUUGGGCCUGUUCUGAGACCUGUCUCCAGAGGGGGAGAAAGAUGAAACAUAUAAGUCUCUGUUGUAUGUGGAAACCGGACCAGGAAGCUGAGGUAGGCUGCAGAGCAAAGGCUCUGGGGGGCUGGUGGGGGGUAACAUGAAUAAUUAGUCAAGAAACUCAGCCCCGGUGAGAGAGUACAAUGACAAAGCGUGAGGGCUGGGAGUAGAAGCUGACAGUUAACUGAUAGACACUAGAAGAAAUUUAGGGAGGAGUGCUUAGGUUUCUUAGAGCACAGGAACUAAAGAUGGGCAGGGAAGGCUAUUGGCAGUGCUUGUGACCACAAUGAUAGCAGUGAGGGGAUGGUUAAUGAAUUUAGGACUGGUCCCAGCAAUACCUGGUAUAUAGAUGUUCAAUAAAUAUUUGUGAAGCCAAAAGGAGUCGUUCCUCCACAGAUAAUGUGGAGGAAAAGGAUUCGAUACUGGAGUUCUGAAGAGCUGUUAGAAAAUGCCUAGGUUCCCUUCAGGGAGAGGAUGGAGGCAGUGACUGAGAUCCCAGACCUCUUAAAAGUACAAAGCCAGAGAGAGAGAGACCUAUACCACGGAGGGAGUUAGAAGCAUAGACCAGGGUGGGAAACCCACUCGUUUAAUCCUGCAGACCCAAGGGAUUACCGGUAGGUCUACUAGAUUUCCUCACCCCUGCGCAAAUACACCCCUGGCCUCAGUUUCUCUCACCUGCACCUCCAUCUCUGCCCACUAGGGGGCGGGGCUCGAGGGCAAGGCUGGCGGCUGUUCCGAAGCCUCGAGGACCAUCAGUUCCUACCAGACUCCCUGCUCCGGUGCCGUCUUACCCCAUGGCGGGACCCAGGCCCUCAUACUUCUCCCCACUGCCAGGCAGUGGUAGGGGCGGGCCCAGAGGACCGGUGCCGGUGCGGGUUGACACUCCGGUCUGGUUGACCGCCCAGGCGGCUCCGAGCAUGCUGAUGGUCCAGCCGGGAAUCAAGCAGGGGGGCAGCCCAGGCCCUGAGGUGUGGGAGAUGCCCCUGGGUCCCUUGCCAUACAAAUUCCGGGGCGGGAUGGCACCCUGCACGCCCGGGGUCGGAGCUGGCAAGGUGGGAGCCUGGUUCCCGAGCCCCUCAGAGGGCACUUUCCCCAGGCCCUACAUCGUCCUGCAGUGCAUCCCAAGGUUGGCACUGCCAGAGGACGUCGCAGCCAGAGAGAAAGAGAUGGAGCAGCUGGCCAAGGAGCUGAGGCGAAAGAGAAUGGCCCUGGGGUACUCACAGGCCGACGUGGCGUUCGCCGUGGGGGCUCUCUUUGGAAAGGUUCUUAGCCAGACAACCGUCUGCCGCUUUGAGGCCCAGCAGCUCAGCAUCGCCAACAUGUGGAAGUUGGGACUGCUGAUGAAAAUGUGGCUGGAGGAAGUGGACACCAAGAACUUUAUGGGUGUAUGCAAAAUAGAGAUGAUCCUGCAGCAGGCUCGGAAGCGAAGACAGGAAAGCAGGGAGCGACGCAUCGUAAACAAUCUGGAGAAACUCUUCUUGCAGUGCCCGAAGCCCACACCCCAGCAAAUCAGCCGCAUCGCUGGGCAGCUCCGGCUACAGAAGGAACUGGUCCGAGUUUGGUUCUAUAAUCGGAACAAGAUGGAUGGUCAGCCAACCAUUGAUUUCUCCCCACAGGAGGAUGUGGGGGCAGGGGGGUGGCCUCCUUUCCCAGGGGGGCCGGUAUGCUUUCCUCUGGCAUCAGGGCCCCAUUUUGGUUCCCCCUGCUAUGAAGGGCCCUAUUAUAUACACUUCACCCCUUACCCUGUGGAGGGGACCCACCUCUCUGCCCCAGCCACCCCUCUUGGCUACUCCAGGCUUUCAAACUGAGGGGCCUGCCCUUCUGGGCAGAGCUGAACUGGGGAAAUGGGUGAUGCCUGAGGUUCAUUUCAGGGCUGUUAACAUUAAGAGCUCCAUUAACUGUCUAAAGAGGUUAAUACUUAAGGGAUGGUUUGGGAGUUGUUUAGGAAAUUCAGGGGAGGGAAGUUGAAGUUUAUUAUUCCAGUGUUUUUACCUAGCAUUGACUUUAAGGUACAUUACGUAUAUGGUUUAGGAUAUUUUGUUUCUCUCUCUCUCUGUUAUUAAUUGAAAAUUACUUGUGUCUGUUAUUCCUUGUGAUUAUCAGUAAACAGCGGAUUUUUUUCCUUAUAAACACACCAUUGGGUGAAAAAUUCAAACACAGAAGAUUAUUUCAGUAUACCUUUUUUUUUUUUAAUCAAAACCAAGCAGAACUUUAUGUAAAAAUAAACAUAGAGUCCAAGAUAAUAGUAACCUCUGGGGGAAGGUUUGAGGUUGGGGUACGGAAAGAGUACACAAAACCUACCCAAGGGACCAUGCUGAAAUACAAGUGUUUUCUUGUGGUCCUCCCUUUCUUGAAAGAUGCUUUUUUUUUUCCUCCUAAUUCACCUUUUCAUUUAGAGUGCUCAGUUUCAGGUGGAGGUCUCAAUCCAGAUCUCCACCUUAUGGAAUCCCACUGGUUUAUCCACAGUCCUGCCCGGGUCGUUGUGUUUGGAACCCCUUUCUUACUGAGGUUGGCCAGGUGGAAAACACUUGCUCAGCCUCAGCUCCAGCUCACUUCUCUGGUUCUCAGCUCCAUUUGGUUUAUUACCUGGCUGUUUUCCUUACUUUCUUUUGAACUCAGAUAUGCAUCUUAGAGAAUAUCUGUGAUGGUUGAGUCAACAUUCCCUGGUUUUUGUGAUGGUAUAUCUUAUACCACUUUUCCAAUCUCUCCUACAAAAUUGGUCUUUUCUAGUUUUCUCCUUCUACAUUGGUAAAUUUUGAUCAUCAUAUACUAAACAGACAUACCUGCAUGUAAUAUUUAUUGCUUUCUGAUUCCAUCACUAAAUAUUAUAUAUGAGUUUGUCUUCUUAAUUACUAAUCUGUCAGUUUUUUCUUUCUCCUUUUUUUUCCCCUUAAUCAGUUCUUACAAAAUAUUUAUCUAUAGGUAUUUUCAAAGACCAAGUAUUUGUAAAAAUGUUUAUCUUAUUUACUGCUGUUUUUAUUUUAUUUUUUAAUUAAUUAACUUGUAGCUUUUAUUUCUAUUAAUUGCUUUUUCUAGUUUUCUCUGAUUUCUCCCGAUGUAUAUUUUUCUCUUGUCAGUGUUUGAAGAUAAAACACUGAUGAUACAUAGAGGUUUGUGAAGAUAGAGACAAACUUUAGAUUCAACAGAUGACUAGUCACUUAUUCUUGGACUCUCCCAGUAAAAGUCACAGAGCACCAGUCUCAUUUCUUCCUUUUCCCAGACAGCCCUUCUGGACAACCUUGAAAGGGAGAUGUUUCUGCAGAGGGCCAGGUAGUAUUUAAUGCUGGGAUGAACAACUGUGGUUGUAUCAACAUUCAGCUCCUAAAAGAUAUGAGGAGGCUCUCUCUCACCCAGGCUGCUUCUUGAAUUCUGUAGCCCCUGCGUAUUUGGAGAAUUGGUAAUGGGCUUUUGAUCUCGGGAACAGCUCCAAGGACCUGCCUCAGCACCUGCACAGCUGCGUCUUGCACACAGCUGCUGCACCUCUGGUUAGGCAAGCACCACGUUGUGUCAUUGAUCAGCCUUCACAUAACUUAAAAUGCGAUUUUUCCAUCACUGGUCCUCUUGACUUGACUAUGUAAAGAGAAAAGGCUGGACCUUAGGUAAACUUUGAUCUUUAAAGGAUUUCAGGUUUUUCAAAGAUUUAAGAUUAUGAGUAGAAACCUUAAUAAUAAAACCCCUCAAAACUGAUAAUUGAAUUGCCCUUAGAAUUGGGAGAAAACCAACAAUGUGAUGUUAGUGCUGAACAAUAUCAAAUAUACAGAGAUCAAAGUAACAUAAAAUCAAGUCAGAUAUACCAUGUCGCUAGCAAAGGUGUCAGUGAUACUAGAGUGAAAACAUUUUCAGUGGAAUGGUUGGCAGAGGCAAAAGUCAAACAGUAGUCCAGAGUCUCCGUAUUCACCAGAUUUCCCCUAAUGUCAAUUAAAAACACAAAUUCCAGCCACUCAAUAAGAUCUUCACCGUCAUUCCGAAAUAUUUCUUUUAUCAAAUGUUUCCUUUAUCUCAUGUUUUCUUUAGACAAGGCAAGUAUUCUUAACCUGAAGACGUCGCACCCCUUUACAGUACAGGCAGAAUAGUGUGUUUGUACAUGUGUGCAUCUUUAAAGAUGGUGAUGAUAGCUUUUAUCACAUUCUCAAAGGAGACGUAGCUCUUUGUAGAUCUACAGUUUCAGAAUUUUAGAAAUACAUUCCCUUUGGCCACCUUACUCUCAAGAGUUUUCCCUUGACCCAAUACCAGUCUAACAGGUAAUUCCUGGUUUUCUUUGAAUCUGUAUAUUCUGGAUAUCUCUAACUCAGCGUAGAAUAGAGGACCUGAACCACUUCUUACAUAAGUCUUUCAAAUUCAGCCAAAUACUCUAUUAAUUAUUGCCUUUAUUGUUCUUAUACUUUCAUCAGUCUUUGACACUUUAAUGAGUUUCCUAUCAUAAAGAACAAUUUCUCUAGUUCCUAGAAUCUUUCCAUCUAUUGUCUAAGAAAACUUGAAGUGUUAAGAUAUGCUCCCUUAUUCCAAAACAUUGUUCUUGAAAUAUCAUCUAAAUGUUUUCUAUAAUUUCAUAUUUUUCAAGUAUACAUACUAUACAUCUUUGCCUAUUAUACUAAAACUACAUCAGGAGAUUUAUUUUUCAUUGUAGCCACUUCUGUUUAUAGCUUUCUUCUAGAAAUCGUCUUGCUUACUAAACAGUAUUCGUUUCCUUGGCAGAAUCUAUUUUUUUUUAGGGUACAAAAUUGUAUUAUCUAUGUAAAACAAUGUUUUGAAAGUGAAAACUACAAUGCCCUCCAAUAAAAUCCUAGUGGAAUAUGAGAGUAUUUCUUGACAAGGUGGUUGUAAAUGGAAAGAAUAAAACUUAGGAAAAUAAAAUUUUGAAGAAGAGAGUCAGGGUGUCCUUGUCCUACCAAAUAUUAUGAAACUACAAUAAACAGUAUGGUGGUGGUUACAGACAAAACUAACAAACAAUUAUUUGACUAUUCCAUUUUGUGGGAGUGUGAAUUGAGGCAGCCUUCAUGAAAGGCUAUUGGAUAAUUCAUAUGGGAAGUUUUAAAAUGUGAUUUUUCUUUGGACAAUCAUUUCAACUUUAAUGAAUUUUUAUAAGAAAAAAUUGUAUGUGCGUGCAAAAAUUUAGUGAUGAGGGUGGUCAUUAAAGCACUUUUUUUAACAACAAAAAGUUAGAAACACCCUAAAUGUUCAACAAAGGCUAAGUAAAUCAAAAGGACCACCAUAUAUGGUAAAAAUUGUAUUAUAGAGUUACAGUUUUCACAAAAUUCAGAAUAGAUUGUUGAGUGAGGCAAAACAGUUUAUUAAGCUUUAUGAUACUUUUUAUUUCUUAAGGAAAAGGUGUGUUACAUAUAGAAAUAUAUACAUAAGUAACUAUCGUUGGUGAUUUUAUAAAAUUAUUCUGCUAUAUGUAUUAUACAAUAAAAAUAUUUAAGAAAAAUUUCUAAAGGAAGGUGCUAGGAAAUCUAGGGUCCCUAAAAGUAUUCAUUCUUCCAGUCUUCUUUUAUCUAUAAAGUGGUAAUUUUUAAUUAUAAGGCAAUUUUAUUUCAAAAUAUUAAAUUUGGCCUUUUCAUUUUUAGUCAGACCUGUAGUUUCUUUAAAAAGAAAGGCAGUUCUCUAAACGGGAGGAGUAUUGGGAUAUAUCAGAGACACAUUGCUAAAAAUUAGUUUUUUCCUUUAAAUCAGAUGCCCAUUAAUGUUAAAGAGCUGUAGUAUAGCUUAGUGAGUGAAGACACCUGCCAUAUGUCUGUUUUCCUGCACAACAUGGUAAUUUACAAUUACAAUCAGUGUGUUUAUAUACCUCAGUGGUGUUAACCCAUAUUUAGAAUAUAAUAUAAGCCCAAAUCAUCUUCAUGUUUCUGAAUGUUUACUUUUCAAUUUUAAAAACCAUUUCAAAGUAUCAAAAUCCUGUUUUUAUCACAGUAGAAUCCUCCUUGCUUGUCAUAUUUGAAGAAACCAAAUGAAUAUAAAUAAGAUCCAUAGACUUCUAGGUUUGAAGGCAGGGUCAGUUCCUGUGAUUACAGCCCCAGCCAGGUGAAAGGUGAACUGUCAUGAAAUGAAUCUACCCCUAUACCCAGUAAAAUCCUUAACGCAAAGCAUUAGCAUAAUCACAGUUACACCAGUGAAUAGAAACGUUACCAGACGAUCUUGAAGAGACUGUGUUGUUUACGUCCGGGGCUAUCUUCAGAAGACAGUGCAGCACAUCAGUGUGUUGGGCUGCUGCCCUGCCACCUCACUUUUAGCUCGGAACCCUGCUGUGAAUUCUGCUACAGACAAAAUUAGCUACUUUGGCAUUGAACUUGGGCUUUUUAGACUUGCAUCCCCCAGUUUCCAACAAAAUGAUGAAGUACCAACCAACUUCACUUAUUACUGUUGACUCUGCUACUGACUGCCUGCCAAAGACUAGGGUUGGAAAAGGAAGAAUUGAGGCCUUCCUGAGAAUUCACUACAUUUUGGAUUCAAUAUUCGUUUCUAAAACUGUACAACCUGUUAUAUCUCUUCUUUUUCUCCAAAAGAGUAACUGCAUUGUUUAAUAAUUAGUCUUCUUCUUCCCCCCAGGAUGUAUGGUGUAGAACUCCUUUUAGUUGUUGGUGCAAUGGCCAGGGCAGUGUAUAAGAUGCUUUAAGUUGAUUUAUUAUCUUAGAAUGGAUGAUUAUGUUCCUAGAACAGCUGUAAAACUUUGACAAUUAUUGACUGAGUAGUGGGCAAAUCUUAACAUAUACCUUUUUGUUAAAGGAGAGUUUGGUUCAGUAUACCAUGUCUUAGUUUGCCAGGACUGCCGUAACAAGUACUCCAGCUUGGGGAGCUUAAAGAACAGAAAUUUAUUUUUUCACGGUUUGGAGUCUAGAAGGCUGUGAUCAAGAUGUGAGCAAGGUUGGUUCCUUCUGAGGGCUAUGAGAGAAGGAUCUGUAUCAGGCUUGUAGAUGCCCGCCUUCACCCCGUGUCUUCACAUUAUCUUCCUUGUAUAGCUACCUGUGUCCCAAUUUCCUCCUCUUAUAAAGACUCCAGUCAUUGGAUUAUGCACUUGGGUUAUGCAUUGGAUUAAGACCUCAUUUUAACUUAAUUAUCUCGGUAAAUAUCUCCAAAUAAAGUCUAGGGUACUGGGAGUUAGGACUUCAACGUAUGAAUGUUUGUGGGGAAACAAUUCAGCUCAUAGCACCAGCCCAAUUAAAAUUUCAACUAGAUUUAAUUAUUUGCUUCUGUAUUCAUUCAGCAAAUAUUAAUUGAAUGCCCUAUAUAACAAGUAGUGUCCUAGGUGCUAAGAUGCAAUGGUGACCAAAAAUAGGCCCAUCGUAACCCUCAAGGAGCUUAAAGUAUGGUUAGGCAUGGA